AACUUUCAGCCUUGAACCUCUCCUGUGUACGUGAGGUCGUGGUUAGUGACUUAUUCUUUCCUGCCACAGCCAGCCGCGAGCCAGGCUUCCAGUGGCUGCCUCGAGACACCACUUUGGCCAGUCCGGGAGGACGCUGAAAUCAGGUCCAGAAAUGCCCAUGGUGUGUUUGACAGACUUUGAGGCCCGUGCGCGGAAGCGUCUGUCCAAGUCAACUUGGGAUUACAUUGAAGGAGCAGCCGGGGAAGGCCUCACCAAGGAUUACAACAUCGCAGCGUUCAAAAAAAUCCGCCUCCGUCCCCGGUACCUGAAAGAUGUGUCGCGGGUGGACACCCGGACCACCAUCCAAGGGGAGGAGAUCAGUGCCCCGAUUUGCAUCUCACCUACAGGUUUCCACUGCCUUGCUUGGCCAGAUGGGGAGAUGAGCACAGCCAGAGCUGCCCAGGCAGCUGGCAUCUGCUACAUCACCAGCACAUACUCCAGCUGUACCCUCGAAGACAUCGUUGCUGCUGCCCCCAGAGGCUUCCGGUGGUUCCAACUCUACGUGCAGACAGAUCGGCAGCUAAACAAACAGCUGAUCCAGAAGGUAGAAUCCUUGGGAUUCAGAGCUCUAGUAAUCACUGUGGACGUGCCCAAACUGGGCAACAGGAGACAAGACAUUCGAAACCAAUUGGACUUGAAGGCGAAUUUAUUGCUAAAGGAUUUUCGAUCACUUACGGAGAGAAAUCCAGCACCUCAUCUGCACAUGCUUCCCAUUGACUCAGCCUUCUGCUGGGACGAUCUCUCCUGGGUCCAAAGCAUAACUCAAUUGCCCAUUAUCCUUAAAGGGAUCUUGACAAAAGAGGAUGCAGAGUUAGCCUUGAAGCACAAAGUGCACGGCAUCAUUGUUUCCAACCAUGGUGGAAGGCAGCUUGAUGAUGUCCCUGCUUCUAUCGACGCCUUGACGGAGGUGGUGGCUGCUGUGACAGGGAAGCUGGAAGUGUACCUGGAUGGCGGGGUCCGAACUGGCAAUGACGUGCUCAAGGCUCUGGCCCUUGGGGCCAAGUGCGUUUUCCUGGGGAGACCAGUCCUCUGGGGUCUUGCUUGCAAGGGUGAACAUGGUGUCGGGGAAGUUCUGAACAUUUUAAAAGAGGAGUUCCACACUUCCAUGGCCCUUACAGGUCACCAAGCUCCACCAUGAGGAAGAGGAGGACACCAGCGUGAACAGACGGCGUACUGGUGUCUUCUGGCCCUGGGCCGGGGGAGGGGGCGGGGCGUCUCCACCUGCGUGUCUGGGGAUUCCCGGAGGUUGAAAUGACUUGUCCUGUUCUCCAGAUAUUUUCUCCAUUCUUGUAAAAUGAGGUCUAAACCUUUUUUAACAAUAGCCUGAUUGGGGAAUUCACAAUAAUAAAGCUUCAUUAUUCCCUCAAAAGUUAACAUCUAAUAACCCCUAAAGUGUAAAUGGUACCGGAAACUCUAUUUUUGAGAUAGAGAGUGGAGAGGUUUUUCUGUAACCCCUUCAAAAAGGGGGUUAAGGAAAAGAGGAAGAAAAAGCAAGAUUAUGAGCACUUUCAUGACUGAGAUUUUGUACUCUUCUUCCUCCUAAUUGCCCUACAAUAGCAAUGUAUUGUUUUAAAGGUAUUUUUUAAAAAGCAGUAAUCACAACCAAACGUGGGCAGAGAAGGUGGUUCAGGGAGGAAGAGAAAGAGUAGGAAACCCAGGAGAAAGGGCAACCCCGGGCAUCCUUCGAGAGACGCUGCCCCAGGGAAGACCUUCCCACUAGUCCCCUGGAGAGAAGGGAUCUCCGAUUUGGGGCCUGUGCUUUUGCUGGAACUCAGCAAAAUACAAAAUUAUAGUGCACACCCCCAGACAUUCCGCCGCGCCCCAGCCCUUCCCUGCACAAUGCGGGCACCCGGGGGGUGAUCGGUGGGCGUGGCUUCUCUCUCCUAAUUGCCCUGGAAACGUGUGCUGCUUCCCUUCUGUCCCCGUGACAUCACCGCCCCGGGAGGAGACCCCUUAACACUAUUGCUGAAAACAGAGUACGUUUAAAAGUAAUGUUUUUCCAACCAUGAGACCAAUUUCUUAAGUUUUUAUAUUCAUAAAAAGGUUAAAAGUAUGAUUUAUCUUAAAAAACAAAAACGUGCACAUAUAAAUCAUGUCAACACAAGGCCACAAAGACCUCACUAAGUCAUCAUCCCUUAUCAAAGGACAAACAAGCAAAGCCAUAGAGAAUUUUUAUAAAAAUAGAUUUGAGGCAAAUAGAGGGUAUGUCUGGACACAAGACAGAUAACUGUUUGGUUCCACAGAGGGGACUGGUUCCACAGAGGGGACUGGUUCUGAGAAAGGUCGGGUUGGCAGUGUCAACGUAAGAAAUGCUCGAACCUGUAGAGAAUUGUAUUUGAACCAAACCAAGGACAAUUGCUGGGAAGCAAAAUCUCAAAGAAUUGAGAAAAUGCUCCAGAAAAUGGCAGUUUUCCCACUCGUUUUAUACAUCAGAAUCGAAGGGGAAGAGGUCAGGGGUUCCAUGAAUCAAGGCAGGGAAAUCUCUGGAAUUAGAUAAAAAGUAAAACAAAAGGACAUGUCCUUCUUUUUUUUUACAUUGGUGGGUACAGGAUAGUUAGCAGUUAACAUGAUAAUUAUAACUGUGAUGGGGUUCGUGGCUGCUGCCCUGGUGGGUGGUUGUGCUUUGAGAGGUCCAGAAAAAGGGAAUUACUUUGACAUUCCAAAGGUAUGUUAUCAUAGAUGCAAAAAAGACGCCAGACAGGCUUGGUUAAGGUAAAGACUGACCUCGGUUAGGGAACGUUACUGGCCUAGGACAGGACUACCUGCCAUAAACUGCCUGCAGUAAGACAGUUCUGAUCUCUGACCAUCCUGUGUGGUUGCUUUGGCCUGUGAGUUUGCAAGGCCCGCCAUGCAGCCUCCCCUGGGCUUGUCAGGUUAGGGUGUGGCCCGUUUUCACCUGCAGCAGCUUCUUUUAUGGAUUUGGAAUUAAGGAGGGAAGGUUCCAGGAAGAUGGGAGAAGUCAAGGCAGAGAAUGGAUUACAAAAUAGUUCAUAACACUCUGCUCUCUUGAGGGUGCUUGCUUCUGAAUAAGAGGCACUGAGGCAUUUCGAAGAUGUGCUAACCUCAAAGCACGUUAGGGCUUGAAACCAGGGACAGGGCUUGCUUAGGGCAAAGGUAAACCUUUUACUAAAGAAGCUACAUGGCUGGAGUAUGAUGACCCACCAAGACCCACCCAGUUAGAAAUUUAUAAUCAGAUCACCCUCUGUGAGGUUACUCUCCAUAACCCACUUCCCUUUUUUGGUCUACAGUUUAAAUAUGAUUUUUCCUACAAUACAUAGCCAAAGAUUUGGGGAGGGGGCAUCUCUUUGCUCCUUGAGUAAGUCCACCUACUGUGAAAUCCCACUGCUCUCUCCCCUGGGGAAAUCCACGGCUCUCAAGGUCACUGUCAGUACGGAGGAGAGCUGCCCAUGGCUUCUGCUGGGUUAGUUCACUUUCCUGGUUACUUGGGCCCACUGUUUCUGUCCAUUGCAAUCGUCCUAGACAUGAAAGUCAACUCUGUCCUCUGUUUCCGUUUUUAGGAAGACCCUCUUAUGAGUUGUAUUUUUGUAAUACAUUUUGCUGAAGUCAUGUUUUGGGAGGCGAAGGUGCAUGCAUCAGGGAGGUGGAAAGAACUCCAGGGCAGUAUUGCGCGUCCUGUUGUUGAAUCCCAGCAGCCUUCUCAUCGCCAGGGGCAUUCCGCUGUCUCCCUGAGCCCACAGUCCUCCAGCCCAUAGUCACUGCAGUCCCCCUUCCUCUCUCCUCUUUUCGCUUCUUACCUGAAGUUACUCUUCAAUCCCUGGACCUAACCUCAGCCAUGGUCCUAAAUUUGCAUUUUAAUUGAGACCAGUCACUACAGCAGGGGGGUUCCUUUCCAGACCUUAGAAGGCAGCUGCUGUAGGAAAUACCUCCCCCACUCCCCUGCUGUCCCUGAGUCACUUCCUCCGGGACAGAUGCGCCCCACAUCUCUGAGCCUUAUCAAGACUGAGAUAAAGAUCAAGGGUAUCUACUGUUUAUCUACACAUAUAUCACUUUUAAAAUGCUAAAAUGUUGUUUUUACAUUUUUACCAUGCCAUUUUGACAUGGCUGUCAAAAGGAGACCAGAGCACACCCCUCCCCCCCCCAAAUAAUUCCCAGCAUAGUCUGAAUGACAUAUUUCAUUCUGGAUACACAGCAUUUUCUCAGGAUGAGCCCCAGGCCAAGUCGAGGCUCGCUGUGACCAGAUCACCCCGACCCGGGCUGGGUGGGUCUCUGGUGCUUCAGAGAAAGGAGCUUUUUAUUUCUAUUUUUAAUUAUGUUUUUUGCAUUUACAAUGCUUUAUUUUUUUAUUGUAUUUUUUCCAUUACCAUUUAGUCCCCUUAGUCUUUUACCUUUUGCAACAAUAUGGAGAACUUCAUGCUAAGCAAAAUAAACCAGUCAGAGAAAGACAAAUACCAUAUAAUUUCACUUGUGGAAUCUAAUGAACAAACUGAACUAACAAGCGAACUAGAGGCAGACUCACAGAUAGAGAGUGCUGGACAGCCAAGGUGGGUUGGGGGGCCGGGGAGCCGGUGGAGGGAUUGAGCAAAAGGAUAAAGGACCCCACAGGCAUAGAACUGACCUUCUGGCUGUGUUGUUCUUUUAGGCUGCCGGUCGGUUGCUGAGAUCAAUAGGAACCUGAUCCAGUUCUCCAGGUUUUAAAGAAUGAGCUGACUA